UUUAUUAAUUAUUUAUUUACUUUUACUUUGUGUUUGUUGUGCUUUAGAAUAAAAAAUCCAUUCUAAUUAAAAUGGCAAAGAGAGCGAAUCCUUAUAUUGAAGAUUACAUCACCCAAAGCAAAGUACAUUACGGUGUGAAACAAUUCAACAACAAUGAAGAAAGACUUAAGAAAGUUUACGAGAAAACACUCCAGCUUCUGUUUAAAGGAGCCAAAAAGUUGCCGACUUCGGAUGCCACCUUACACACCGAUACUCCUAACAAUAUCAAGAAAGACAACAUGAAACAGCUUUGUAUUGGCAAAAACAUGGCGUUGGAACAUUCGGAAAUCACGGUGCACAAAGCAGUGGAGCCGGAGCAGUGCAGCUGCCGGGAGGGGGCGGCGCGCGGUCGCUGCGCGUACUGCGAGGCGAGCCAGUGCUGCUGCCGGCUGUCCCCCUGUGCCCAGUGUGAUCGCAGCUACUGCUCCCGAUGCUCACUUGUUGGGUCUGAAGGGGCACAGAUAUGUGUGUCCUGCUAUAACUGAGAAGAGUUCUAAGUCUGGUUAUUUGAUGUUAAGUUAGUUUUAUUACUGCAUGUUUCUUUUCUUUUGUAUGGUCACCUUCAUAAGGAGUUAUCCAGUUUUGUAACUUGUCAGGCUAACAAACCUCUGUGACAAGGCACAAAAGUGCAUAGCUUCAAAGCUGAUUGUACAUUUCAGACAAGAGUAGUUGAGUUUUUAUAUUUUAUUUCUUAUUUAUGAGUGGGUGGCCAUGUGUGUCAGUGAGGGUUAAUAUGUGAUAACUAUUUAAACCCUUUCUCAACCUGUUAUUAAUUUUAAGAUGAACUGAAAACCUUUUUUAAAUAUAAUUUUUAUAACACUA